UUCCGUCUACAUGCAAAUAUUAAAAUUGUAUUGAUUUGAUCGUUGUCAUUUGAGCCGUGUUUCUGUACCUUCCCAGCUCUAAUCUAUGGCAUAGGAAAGGCAUUUUCGGAUAUAUGUGAAAUUUUAACCUUUCGCCGGACUGUAGUUGUGUGUGAAAAUGACGAAGGACCGUCUGGCGGCUUUGAAAGCGGCUCAGAGUGAUGACGAUGAUGCUGACGAUGUCGCCGUUACCGUGGAUACCGGGGGUUUCAUGGAGGAGUUCUUUGAACAGGUUGAAGAGAUACGGGGGAUGAUAGACAAAAUAUCUUCAAAUGUCGAUGAAGUCAAGAAGAAACACAGUGCAAUCCUCUCAGCACCACAGACUGAUGACAAAAUGAAAGAAGAAUUAGAAGACUUAAUGUCAGAAAUCAAAAAGAAUGCUAACAAAGUCAGAGCCAAGUUAAAAGUUAUCGAACAAAAUAUUGAACAAGAGGAGCAUUCCAACAAAUCGUCAGCUGACCUCAGAAUUAGGAAAACACAGUAUGCGACUAUCUCGCGUCAGUUUAUUGACGCUAUGGGUGAUUACAACAAGGCCCAGCUUGACUACCGAGAUCGCUGCAAAUAUAGGAUACAGCGACAGAUGGAGAUCACUGGUAGAACAACAACCAAUGAGGAACUUGAGGAUAUGCUGGAGUCCGGUAACCCGGCCAUAUUCACGCAAGGGAUUAUUAUGGAGACACAGCAAGCAAAACAAACAUUAGCGGACAUAGAGGCCCGACAUAAUGACAUCAUCAAGCUGGAGAACAGUAUACGAGAGCUGCACGAUAUGUUUAUGGAUAUGGCCAUGUUGGUAGAACAACAGGGAGAGAUGAUAGAUCGGAUCGAGUACAACGUGGAGCAGGCAGUAGACUACAUAGAGACCGCCAAGAUGGACACGAAGAAAGCUGUCAAGUAUCAGAGUAAAGCAAGACGGAAAAAGAUUUUAAUCAUAAUUUGUGUCGUUGUUCUGUUGGCCGUUAUCGCACUGAUUAUUGGAGUGACAGUUGGCACCGGAUAGUGGCCGACCUUCACCUUUCCUUCACGAGUUAUGUCAUGUUUGUCACACUAUUUAUUGUGCUCAUGUCACCAUGGUAACAAGCAGGAACAAAGACUCGUCUGGCACCAACAAUGAUCAGAGGUCUCUGUCCCAGAAAGCUCUCAAUUGUGACUUUAUAUUCAGUUGUCAAGAUGGGGGACAUUCGGAAACUAGAACUCGUCCCAUUCAUGUACACGAAACAUUCCUCUACAUGAUAUUAGCACUAAAGCUCCCGUAAAAUAUUUGCAACAGUGGAAUAAUAUAAACCUUAAUAUCUGAAACUGUUGAUAAGGCCACAGAAUAGAUGUGUCCUCUUUCAUCCCAUCCAAAAAAGGGGAGUCAGGAUGGGUGGUUCAUCUUGUUUUUCCUUUUUUUCCCCUUGAGAAAUAGUAAUUUGCAGUCUGUCAUUAAAAGCAGGUUUCAGAUUAAGAUAUUAACUUGUUUUUUAAUAGUGAUGUGUGACAAAUUUUCGUUAAAUCGCGGACAUUACCGGAUGGCAGUCUACGAUGUUAGUCACUAGUCCAAAGCCUGUGUCUUGUAAAAUUCUGUUCAGUCUAGCUCAGCUAAUAAUCCAUAUGAUAACUCCAAAUUCUACUGAAAAUUAUGCUGAGAAACAAUUUCGGGUUAGUAAUCUCAAAAGAAUUGGCACAGAUAGUGAUGGGGAUGAAAAUUAAGAUACAAUUCCUGAUAACACAGCCCUGACUUUCUGUUGAUUCACAUGCUUGGACUCGUUAGGCCGUAACAAGAAUACUUGUGUUUCGGGUAACCUGACUGACCCAUAACUCACUUGCGACUCAAAUGUAUUAUUAAAGAAAUGCCUGCCGCGAUAUUGCUAAAAUAUUGCUAUACUCACUCACUCACUAUUAAAGAAAUUCAUAGUUAAAAUUUUGAAAAAAAAUAUAUUUCCACAUGUUACUGUUGCUGUAGCUAUUUUAAAACACAGAUUUGUGAUACAUUGCAACUAAACAGUUCUAAACAAGCCAUCUAUGUUAAACAUUGUUAACGAAAGUAGAGAAUAAGAAACAACUACCUACCUCUGUGGGACCAUUUUAUCAGAAACACAGGUGGGUUUUUGGCGUCGAAGUUUAAUCCUGUUUUGUACCCAGCAAAUAACCAGUUCCUCUCCGUAAUAACUGCCCUAUUUUCUCUACCUCACUCCCCCACGACAUCUGAAUGUAAGGUCACAGUAAAGAGUAUCUCAGUCACCUUUUUACCCCUUUUAUUUGUUACACUGAGUUUUAACCAGAUCGACUGAAUGAGGAUGUUUGUAUUUCAUUCUGAUCACAACUGGAUGUACAUUAUACUGUAUUGCAACUCAUAGAAUGUUUCCCUAAAGGCUUUAGGCAGGGUAGAAUGGAAGUGUCCCUGGCUUCAUGGUUGCACUGAUUUUGUUUUCAAUUAAAAAAUAUGUGCGAAUUGGUACUGUUUCCAAUUAGGUUGAAACUAUACUGCACAAAAAAACUUAGGGAUCAUGAAAAUUGUUUUGGUUAAUUUUUUGUUGCGAAGACUGAUUUCAUAAAAAUAUCUCCAAAAAUUUUCACGAUCCUUAACUUUUUUUGUUCAGUAUAGAUACUUUAUCUUAAACCUGUGUUAACCUGUGUUAACCUGUGUUAACCUGUGUUAACCUGUGUUGACCUGUGUUGACCUGUGUUGACCAAAGUCAUGAGAAGACAAAAACACAGGGACACCUCAGUCAUUUCUAUGAUGCCUUCCUUUCAAUGUGCAGUGAAUGAGAGACACAUUGUGUGCUAUAAGUAUAUUUUAGAUAUUUCUGUACAUUUUGAUUUAGAUGUAUUUUUCUGUUCAGCCUCAAUAACAUGUGCAGUAUAACACAGUAUAGACAGAAAUACAUGAAAUUAAUCAAAUUAAACCAAACUUUAUUGAAGUAUGACAAAUUUGUCAUUAUUAAUGAGAUGUUAUUCAGUAAAAGUAAUAAAAACCUAGGGAGUACUCAAAUUAAUUUUCAAUUAAUAGGCCAGACAAAAUAUAUAUUUGUGGAACACAUUUGUUAAGGCUAACCAGACUGCUUUUAUUUAAGGGGUGAAGGCAAUUUGAAAAGUCGUCAUUUGGAGUGUUUGGUAUUUGCAAAUUAGUGUGGUCUGUCUGUAAACAAUCUGGCCUUGUUAAGUAUUUUUUUAUAUGAGAUCUCGGUAAUUUCAUUGGUUGGAGUAAAUGAAGUUUCCGUUGUGGAUGAUGGUGCAUAUGUUGUUGAGGUUAUUCAGGUGUACAGUUUGU